UAUUAGGUUUGAAAAAUUCAUUAAAAUAUGAAAAGAUAUUUGGCAGAUAUGUAUUCUAUAUUAUAAAAUAGAUUCUAAAUAAACCAGAAGCUCUGUGGUUAGGUUGGUUACUUAUGAAAUCGGAAGGCCAGUCUGCCACCAUUGGAAUUCCAUUAUGUCCGACGAAACUCGCAGACUCACACGUAGUUUAUCAUUUAUUAAAGAAAACACAACUCAGAUAGAAAAGAUUUUAGACAAACUAAUAGAGGAUGGAAUCAUUGGUAUGGAUGAACGUUCACAAAUCCUUGCAAAUCCACUUUUAGAAAACCAGCUACAUUCGGUCAUUGAAAAGAUCAUCAGAAAGCAGGCUUAUCAGUCUUUUUUGAGCGCGCUGAAAACUACAGGGAACAACCAUGUAGUGGAUAAAAUAAUCGGAUUGCAUUUUCCAAAAGAUCAAAAGGACAAUCAAGGUAUGAACAGAGAAAAAACGUACACUGUGAACUCGAUUGAAGAGGAGGGAGAAGAAAAGUCACAUUAUGAACAAUAUGUCAAGGAGAAAACAUUAGAGGAACUGAAAUUGGAAAAUGACAGACUGAAAACUCAGCAAUCAAUAGUUAGAGAACAACUGAACGAAAAGUACAAGAAAAUUCAGGAGCUGAAAAUCGAAGUUCGGAACUAUAAAAGACAAAACACAGAAUUAAACGAAAAGUUACAAUCAUAUGAAGAAUUGCAAGUUAGAAUGGAAGGUAUCGAAGAGGAACUUCAAGAUAAGGAUAAAAUGAACAGAAUAAUAGAAAUUGCACUUUGUGAGCGUAGCGAGGAGAUUGAUCGAUUGCAGAGACAAUGUGAAGAAUUAAAAGUUGAGAGCGAAGAAAAAUCUGAACAAAUCUCUUAUUUGUCAGGACAGAUGGAACUCUUGAAAAUAGAAUUGGGAAAAGCUAGUGAAGAUCGACAUAGACUAAAACAAACUAUCAUUGACAUGUCUAAUAGUAUGGAAGAAAAAUUCGUGGACAUGAUGAGCGCAUUAAACGAUCUGAAGGCAUACAAACAAGCGCAAUGUGAAGUUACGACACCGCGCAACUCAAGUAGUUCUCGAUACCAGUAUGGCAGAAGAGGGCAACCAUUGGUACUCGCAAAAACAAAAUAUCGAACGCAGCACAAAUAAACUAUGUACUAUGUGAAAAAAAUACCAGUUGUAAUGUUUAUGCAUUAUUUUAAUGAACAUAUUUUACAUUAAACAA